AUGGCGGCCCUGACCCGCCUCUUCAGAUCCUCCUCGCACGUUUCUCUCAUCCGGAGGUCUCUAUUUACUGCUUCCGCUUCCACACCAUUGGAAUCUGCACCGAUUAGGUCCCAAGCGUACUCUUCUUCACACGAUACCAAGGACAGGAAUAUCCAGUGGGUUUUUUUGGGAUGCCCUGGCGUUGGAAAAGGUACCUAUGCCAGCCGCCUCUCUACCCUCCUUGGCGUCCCCCACAUCGCCACCGGCGAUCUCGUCCGCGAAGAACUGUCUUCCUCCACCCCUCUCUCAAAACAUCUCAAAGAGAUUGUGAACCAAGGGAAGUUGGUCUCAGAUGAGAUAAUAAUAAGCUUAUUGUCAAAGAGGCUUGAGGCUGGAGAAGCCAAUGGUGAAUCAGGAUUUAUACUUGAUGGUUUUCCUCGAACAGUUACACAAGCAGAAAUAUUGGAUGACGUGACAGACAUUGACCUCGUGGUAAAUCUUAAGCUCCCAGAAAAUGUACUGCUUGAAAAGUGCCUUGGACGAAGGAUAUGUGACCAAUGUGGGAAGAAUUUUAAUGUGGCAUCUAUAAAUGUGAAGGGUGAAAAUGGGAAUCCUGAUAUAAAGAUGGCUCCACUUCUUCCUCCUUCCCAUUGUGCUUCGAAGCUUAUAACUCGUUCUGAUGAUACUGAAGUUAUUGUAAAAGAGAGACUUCGUAUAUACAAUGACAAGAGUCAGCCAGUGGAGGAAUUUUACCGUGCUCGAGGAAAGUUGAUUGAAUUUGACUUGCCUGGAGGUAUCCCGGAGUCCUGGCCAAGGUUGCUGGAAGCACUUAACCUUGAUGAUUACGAUGACAGACGGGGCUUGAAAGAUAGAAGAAUCACGCUUUAUGUUCUGAGGGUACAAGCAAUCGAUAGGGCAUUCAGGAAUCUGGAAAGACGACGAUUUCAUUUCAGACUUUAG